AUGGAGUACCUUCGUAGCCUGCUCUCGAAAUUUGCCUGGACGCCUGCCACCGUCUGCGGUAAGGAGGCGACCGCUAAUUUGAAGAGCGCGGACAUCCCGCUUUGUCCUCCGCUUGACGGGAGCGUUGCGGCUCUCCCAGGUUUCCUCGACUUCCACGUCAUCCACAACCCUUCCAUCCCUGUACUUCAGUUCGCGGACGCGACGCACCGCGUUGCGCAUCAUAUACGCCCCGAGCACGCAGGCCCCGAGCGCGCAAUCGUCGGCAUGCUUCUCCACUGCGACAUUCUUCUGUACCACGCAAUUACGACGGGCGCCGUCCGUGCAGGCCUGGUGCCGUUUCCCAUGUAUACGAACCUCACCGCAAUCGCGAUCUCGAGCAUGCUCCAAUGCGUGGAUUGCCACAGGGCCGACCUUCCUCCGUCUCUGGGUCAGAUUUUCCCCCGGUUCGCCUCAGCUUCCGAUGCGUCAGCAGCCGCGAAGCCCUCCCCACACCCUGUACCCUCCGUCUCCCCUGCGGUCACUGACGUCGUGUUGCAUUUGCACUCCUCCGGGUCCCCCGGACUUCCAAAACCUAUCCCGCAGAGCGGUAGCAAUAUACUGCACUGGUGCAGCACGCCGGUCUUUUUGAAGGCACGCGAUCGCGGCAUACGUUGGGCGGCGAUGGCGCCGUGCGGCUUCGGUACAAUGGGCAUGUGUGUGCAACUGUAUGCACCGCUGGUCUCGGGACAGCCGUCAAGUCUGUUCGUCCCACAAGGACAUCUAGGAUUGCCGCCGGUGGCAGCGAACCCCGACAAUAUCCUUGAUGCUGCACGUCGUACAAAUGCAAAUGCCAUUCCGACAACUCCUUGGGUUUUAGAGUUGUGGGCCCACGGGGAGGAGAAUAUCAAGUACCUUGCAUCACUGCAAGUCGUGAUGUUCGCGGGUGCCCCCAUGUCACCUGCCAAUGGUGCAAAACUCACCACUGCUGGCGUGCGGCUGUCCUCAUUGUAUGCUGCAACUGAGUUUCGGCCAAUCACAGACAUGUUCGACACAGACGAGGACCUUCUCGAAGCCGGUCGUCUCCCGGAAGGCGAGAACAAGGCCCUCUUGAAGUCUCGCUCAGACUGGAACUGGAUUCAUUUUCCGGAAAGAUGCAAGAUCCGCUGGGUUCCUCAAGGCAGCGGCAUGUACGAACUGUUUCUCAUGAGCAACCCAACCCACCAACCGAGCGUCGAAAAUCUCCCAAAUGGGGAGAAGGGAUAUGCAACAUCGGACCUCUGGAUACCACAUCCGACGAAGCCUAACCUGUGGCGGAUGUGCUGUCGGACGGACGGACGACGUGAUCAUAUAACGCUCGGGUGCAUCUCGUUCUCCAAUGUUGUAGCGCGCUUAUACGUCGCUAAUCGCCGCCUCCAUGCAGGAUGGAACUUCGUGCCCAUUCCACAGGAAAGCCACCUGGGCGGACAUCCGCUCAUCGAUGGCGCAGUCAUGUUCGGUCGCACAGGCUACAUAUGGCCAGGUGUACUCAUUGAGCCAGCCCCUUCACAUGCCAUGAAACGCGGCGACCAAGAAGCCGCGAACAAGUUCAUUGACCGUGUAUGGCGUCAAAUCGAAGAAGCCAACGAGCAGGCGCCCGUGUUCGGUCGCAUUUACAGGGAGUUGAUUAUAGUAGCAGAUGCAGAGCGUCCACUACCUCGCGCGGCGAAGGGGACAGUUCAAAGGAAGCUGGCGCUUGCUUUAUACGCAGAAGAUAUUGAUGCAUUAUACGCAAAUGUCAAUUCCAGCAAGGUGAAUGCCAAAUGCUGA